CUUUAUGUUUUUAUACAUCAUAUUCCAGCAGUUUGAGGAGGCAUUCUCAUACUGAAACACCCAUUGUUUCGCUUAUGAUGGAAGUUCCAAGAAUCACGCUCAUUGUUGCUGUUCUUUGGACGUCACUUUUGACAGUUUCAAGUCAAAUGUGGACGACCGGUCCAGGGAUGAGAUGUGGACAAAUGUGUUCAGGUUUUACUGGACUGGUUCUUUUUAUGGAAUGCCUUCAGAUCAUCACCCCCGUCACACAGAACGGGGUGUGUCUACCGAGCGUGGAUUCACGAGGUUGUUGCAGUGGCUGCGUUACAGGUUUGAUUGACGCAUCAUCCGUAAUUGGCUUUUUAGUCCAGUCUAAAACUCGUCACAUUUCCGAAGCUACGGUAUUUGAUACCACCGAACAAGGCCUUAUCGAUCAAGUACUUGCUGACUUAGAGGGUAUCGAGC